CCAAGACACCAACAAAUCCACGCGCCAACACCUUAUUGGACUCAACCGCCGGAGCACCAAAACGAGAAGACAAGGUUCAAAACCAACAACGUUAUCCCAACGUCCUCACUAAACACAAACAGUCGAAGUCCGUAUUUCGGAAACGUUACCCAGGCAUGCUGCUGUCUUCUGCCUUCAACCUCCAAACGCCUUCUAAGUUCUGACUCUCAGAUUUACUAAAUUCACUCAUUGAACUAUUAAUUUAGGCACAAGGCGGCGGUGCAAGUGGUGGUGGUAGCCAAAAUGGGUCGACUGAGGAGUUCGCCGGUGAACAAGCUGUUUGCAUGGGUGAGGAGACAGUCGAUGAAGGUCAAGAUUUUCUUGGCUGUAACUUCGGUGAUAUGUCCACUAGUGGCGCUGAAAUUGCUGAUCAAAGAUCACAACCACUUUUUCAUAGCUUCUGAGGCUGUUCAUUUCCUGGGCAUCAUGGUCUUGAUUUAUAAGCUCACCACCCAAAAGACUUGCUCUGGCCUUUCCUUGAAGUCUCAGGAGCUCACGGCUAUAUUUUUGGCCGUAAGAUUAUGCUGUAGCUUCUUCAUGGAGGGAGAUAUCCAUACUGUACUUGAUUUUGCCACCCUUGUAUCAACUUUAUGGGUUAUUUACAUGAUAAGAUUUAAACUGAAAUCCACCUACAUAGCAGAGCUGGACAAUAUGCCCAUCUAUUAUCUGGUGGUGCCAUGCGCAAUUCUAGCUGUAAUUAGCCAUCCGUAUACCUAUCACGCACUCAUCUACAGAAUACUUUGGGCCUUUUGUGUUUAUUUGGAAUCCGUGGCAGUGUUGCCCCAACUUCGGAUGAUGCAGAAUGCCAAGAUGAUUGAACCAUUUACGGCCCAUUAUGUAUUUGCUCUGGGUGUUGCAAGAUUCUUGAGCUGCGCUAACUGGAUCAUCCAGGUUUAUGAUACUUCUGGAAAGUAUCUGUUUGUGCUUGGAGGAGGGUAUUUGUGGGUUGCAAUGGUUCUUCUAUCUGAAAUUGUCCAGACGUUCAUCUUGGCUGACUUCUGUUAUUAUUACGUCAAGAGCGUGAUCAUGAAUGGCCAGCUUCUAGUCACCAUGCCUCUGCCUGUAUAAUAAUAGUACCACACUGAUAUAUAUAUAUAUCUUUUAUGGUAGGCUUGGACAAAACAUUUUACUCAUAUUCUUGCGAUUUUCUGUGGGUCUGGAUCAAUUUGGGCUUGGGUCAUGGUCCAUGCUGCCGUAAACGAAGAAGGAACGUGAUUUGUAAUUGCUUGUCCAAUAUCUCAAUCUAACAAUUAUUUCUAAAAUUUUGUA